GUCACCGGGACCCGAACGGUUGGACACCAGGCCGCAGUCCCGGGGCGGGGGGCGGGGCACCGCUCGUGCAGGGCAGUCCCCUGCCGCAGAUCCGUGCCCAGGCGUGCAACGGCCGCGCGGGGGCGCACGGCGCCACAGCCCCUCCGGACCCCGGCCGGGGCGCGCCCUGGGAGGCCGGGUGGGAGGGGCCGAGCCCGGCUCCCCCCGCGCCUCCUCGCGGGCCCCGCCGCUUCCGCUCGCCCAGGGGCCGCCCGGGGAGCCAGGACGAGCCGCCUGGGCUCUGCGUAGCCGGCGGCUUGGGGGCUCCAUCCCACACUCUCCGCACAUAGGCCAUGAGGCACCCACUGGACCAGGGCCAGGUCACUCCUUCCUGCCCCUCACCCCAUCCAGGAGCUCCCUGCUGUCCCACAUCUGGGAGCUGAGGGAACCCUGGAGGCUGGAGGCCUGCCUGUGAGGGGGUGCCUCUGCCGGGCACCAGCCCCAGCUCCCACCAGCCACACCCUCUGCAAGGUCUCAUAGAAUACUGGACAGAACCCAGCUGGUCCCCAUUGCACAGAUGGGGAAACUGAGGCCAGAGAAAGAGGAGCACCUGGCCCCUUGCCAUACCAGAAGACCCCGCUCCCUCUGGAACCUCUUGCUCCUGCUGUGGACCUUCCUGAAUUGUGGUUUGGGGGGCAACGCUCAGGGUCCGGGUGAGUGGACGCCAUGGGGUUCCUGGAGUCGCUGUUCCAGCUCUUGCGGGCGAGGGCUCUCAGUGCGCAGCCGGAGAUGUAUCCGGUUUCCAAGGGAAGAGCUGUGCUGGGGGGACACCCAUGAGUACCGCCUCUGCCAGCAGCCCGACUGUCCUCCAGGGGCCAUGCCCUUUCGAGACCUCCAAUGUGCCCUCUACAAUGGCCACCCUGUCCUAGGCACCCAGAAGACCUACCAAUGGGUGCCCUUCUAUGGUGCACCCAACCACUGCGACCUCAACUGCCUAGCGGUGGGGCACGACUUCUAUCACAGCUUCGGUCGCGUACUGGACGGUACCCCCUGCAGUCCGGGCGCCCAAGAUCUCUGUGUGGCUGGCCGCUGCCUUAGUGCCGGCUGUGACGGUUUGCUGGGCUCCGACGCCCGCGAAGACCGCUGCGGCCGCUGCGGCGGCGCCAACGACUCGUGCCUCUUCGUGCAGCGCGUGUUCCGCGACGCCGGUGCCUUCGCUGGGUACUGGAACGUGACCCUGAUCCCCGAGGGCGCCAGACACAUCCGCGCCGCCCACCGGAGCCGGAACCACCUGGGUAUCGCAGGGUCCGAGGGAGGAGGCGCCCCGCUGGCCGCCCGAAUCCCCCGGGGAGGGAGAUGGCAGGGUCGGGGAGAUGGGCAAGGCCAUUUCCAGGGAGCCCGGGCUGACCCUUCCCUUGCAGCGCUGAUGGGGGGCGACGGGCGCUACGUGCUCAACGGGAACUGGGCGGUCAGCCCGGCCGGGAUCUACGAGGCAGCGGGCACCCGCGUGGUCUACACCCGCGCCACAGGGCCGGAGGAGACGCUGCGCGCCGCCGGGCCCACCUCCGAAGAUCUGCUCUUGCAGGUCCUCCUGCAGGAGCCCAACCCAGGCAUUGAAUUCGAGUUCUGGCUCCCUCGGGAGCGCUAUGGCCCCUUCCAGGCGCAGGCUCAGGUCUUGGGCUGGUCCCCGCGGCAGCCUCAGCCUCGGGAGGUAGAACCUCAGCCCCUUGGGUCCCCCACUGUCAUCCCUCCACGGACCCCGAUCUCCACUCCAGAGCCCUGUCCAACCUGCCCUGACACCCGCGGUCGUGCCCACCGGUUACUCCACUAUUGCGGCAGUGACUUCGUGUUCCGGGCCCGUGUGCUGGGCCGCGUCCGCCAGGCUCAGGAGACUCGCUAUGAGGUGCGCGUGCAGCUCAUCUACAAGAAUCGCUCUCCACUGCGGGCCCUGGAGUACGUGUGGGCGCCAAGCCGCUGCCCUUGCCCCCUGCUGGCCCUCCAUCGGGACUACCUGCUGGCUGCGCGGCGCCUCAUCAGCCCUGAUGGCACCCAGGACCGGCUGCUGCUCCCCCAUGCUGGCUACGCUCGGCUCUGGAGCCCUGCCGAGGACAGCCGCGUGCGCCUGGCUGCCCGGCACUGCCCUCUCUGAGCCCCCGAACUAGACCUUGGCCACAUGGGUGACUAGUCUUAAAGUCAGCAUAUGUCUCCUCUUGCCAUAGUUUCCAGGGAGCUAGGCACUGUUUGUCUUCCACCUGCAGCUCUAUGACUCUCCCAUCAUCACACUCAGACACCUGUACAUUCAGAGCCGCUCUCACCAGCAGGCCCACAUGGGUGGGGACUCACUGAACAGACUUUUAAUUCUGGUUUCCUCUCUCACCUUGGCUGCCAGGAAACCCAUAGCUGUUCUACACUCAGAGACUUUGUGUCUGCUUUUAUUCCCCUUGCUUCACACUCAUGUGUUCAGAGACAUUGUCACACACAAGCCUGGUCCCAGGAAAACAUGCCUAAAGAGACAUUGUAAUGGUUUUCCCUCUUGUCCUGCCUACCAGAAAGUUCAUCACUGUUUAACCCCCAACACUCUCUCCUUUCACGCUGCUACUUACACAUGUACUCUCACAUUUUCAAAGACACUGUCACAAACAGGCAUGACCCCCAGAAAACAUGCCUACCCAGGCACUGUAACAUACCAAUUUCCCCUUUUGCCCUUGCUACCAGGAAGUUCACAGAUAAUCUUAACAGCUUCAGCAAUUUGAGGGUGGGGGUGGGCUUUCCUCCAGGCAACCCUGCUGUUCAUCCCUUUUUUAUUCCUAUUUAAUUUUUACAAGAGCUGUUUAAAAACAAAACAAAACAAAAAAAAAAAACAAGCCCAGUUACACACACUUGGCCGCAGACACUUUGGAAUGCGCUGGUAGUGAGAUCCACAAUCAUGCUCCCUGCUAACCCCCAGCCCCCCAACCAACCCCCGUGUGCACAUGUGAUCAUGUGCCCUUUGUCCCUCCUCCUGGUCCAGCCUCCAACUCUCUCCAGCAUGACUGAUCCUGGGAGCACUGUGAUGACAGGAAAUAGAUGAUAUAGGAAGGUGGGGGUUUCUUAGGUCCCAACCCCAUCCCCAUGCCCCUUGGGGCCACACAUUCAUCUCAGGCCAUUUCAAGGGGGGGGACCCCUCCAGCAGAGUAGGCAGGUCAGUGCCCCACCUUCAGCCUGUGCCAUGUCCUCGUGUUCUGGAUGUGGUCUCCUCAUAGCUUCUAGAGCCAGGAGGGUAGGCCUAGGUCAUGUGGAUUGGAAGUGUCUGCGGGGUACCAGCAAACCUCUCCUUCUGCCUCUCCACCCUGAGUAGGGUGGCUCAUGCCAUCAUUUGAGACAACCUGCUCAUCUGUACCGUCUGUGGUUGUUUUCCUCUGGGCCGCAGGAUGGUGGGAGUGUGCAAGGGGUGCAGGACAUGCAGGUCUCAGUGGACUCAACCCUUGACCAUGUGGGUGACUCCGGUCAAGCCCUGCAGCUCUCUGGGCCUCAGUUUCCCCAUCUGUGAGUACUCUUUCAGCCCCACUCAGCCCUGACCAUGGGAAGCACACCCUUCGGGACUCCUGCCCUACCCCUUCGGUUCACUCGUGCGUUCCUCCAAAGACUAUUUAUUGAGCGCCUACUGUACGCCUGGGACCAGCAGCGCCUAGGGCAGCCCAGGCCUGGCCCCGUCUUCUGCAAAAAGAGAUGAAGCCGGAGGAUCUCAGGACCGCCCCCUCCCGCGAGGCCAAGCUGGUCGCAGCUCUGGAGGGAGGCGUGUGGCCCGCGCGCCCCCUGGUGGCAGGACGGGGAAGAAGGGAUUCCGCGCUCCGGGUGUUACCUGCAGUCCCCAAGGGACCCCGAAAGAUCCAGAUGGGCCCCUCUGCCUCACUACAGUGCGGGGAUGGAUCGGGGAAGUUGAGUCUCCGGCUCCCUCCGCCCCGGAGCUUUGUGGAGUAGCGCUGCCAUGUACUCACCAGCCAUCUGGACUGGUUGGCCAGGGCGAGGCGCCUGCCCCGGGGUGGAUUGGGGGUGGGGGGAGAAAGACGCCAGUGCGGGGUUCACUAUCAGACAGCAUGGCCUGUGACCCCACCAGCCGCGACUUCCAGCAGCCGCUCCUUCAGGCGGCAACAUUGUUUCCGGAAACAACCAUGUAACCAGGGAUCGAUGGAGCCAUUUAAAGACAGAACACUUUGCAAUUUUAGAUACUCAAAUUCAGAAACGUAGUUGAGGUCCAAACUAGCAUUAGCACUUGUCCAGCAAAAAUUCCACACCGCUUUGACGCUUUCUUUUUAAACAUGAAUAAAAAGGCCAGGUGGUUACAUGCAACAAAGGAAAUGAGUGACUCAA